AUGUCUGAUAAUUCUAAGCGGUCUAAUAGAAAAGGUAAAGGGUUAGCGACAGAGACCAAUCCAUUGCUGUUAUCGUCAAAUUUAAAUUUAGUGAAGGAACAACAUAGGAAUGUCAAUCCAUAUCUGAGUACAAAUAAUCAGAGUCCUAAUUCAAGUUAUAGGAAAGUACAUGAGAGAUAUCGGAAAGGUUUGAAGUUUUUUCAGAAAGGUGAGAUUAGUGCUAAAUAUGAAUUAGAGAGGAAAGUUAAAGCAGAUGAGGAAGCCAGACAGCAAGAAGAAGAUGAGAGAAAGAGGAUAAAGGAGGAGGAAGAACAAGAAAUACUUAAAGUUAAAGUUGCAAAUGGAGAAUUGCCCGAUUUCAGUACUGGGGAAAAUAAGUACUUGAAAGAUUUGACAAACAUCCCAACUGUGGAAUGGUGGGAUAAACCAUACUUGGAUGACAGACUAGAAAUAUUCGAUAAAUAUAGAGUACCGUGUAGAGAAGGGGAUAACACUGAUGAGGAAGAAGAAGAGGAUGAAGAUUUUGAUGAAAAUAUGAAACCUUCAAUACGGUAUGUUUUACAUCCAAUUCCAAUUAAAGUCGAUGAAGUCGUACCAGUAUCGAAAGUCUAUUUAACAAAGACAGAGAUCAAGAAGGCACGUAGGAACAGAAGAAAGAUUGAAAGAGAAGAACUGGAGACUAAAAUAAAACUAGGAGUACUGCCUAAACCUGCUCCCAAGGUAAAGCUAGCUAAUAUGAUGAGCGUUUAUGAAAAUAAUCAGAAUAUUACAGAUCCAACCUCUUGGGAAAAAACUGUAAGGAACCAAGUCGAAGAGAGGAAGAGGAAACAUGAAGAUAUGAAUCUUCAAAGGCAUGAAGAAGCAAUGAAAUUGAAAAAGUCAAAGAUGCAAGAAGUUUCUAAUGUGGAUAACACUAAAGGUAAUAAUUUUUGUAAAGUGUAUUGGUUCAAGAGCAUGAGUAAUCCAAAGAUUCGAUUCAAAAUAAACACAAAUGGGAAACAACUUGAUUUGAAAGGAUUUUGUAUAAGGAUAGGAAAUGAAGGUCCUGGAUUGAUAGUGUCUUCAGGUGAUGAGAAAUCGAUCAAGUUUUUUGACAAGUUGAUUACGAGAAGAAUAAAAUGGGAUGAAUCAUAUAAGGAUAAAAUACAGGACAAAGAAAUUACAAUCGAGGGAAACAACGCUAUAAAGUUAUGGGAAGGUAAUAUGAACAAUGAUAAAUUUCGUAGGUUUUUCAUGAAAGUAUGUGAAAAUGCUGAUCAAUUCAAGAAAACUUUGGAAGAAUUUGAUUGUGAAUAUUUAUACAGUAUGUUUUACAACCAUUGA